GGUGCUACUGUGUAGUAAACCAAGUAGAGCGAAGCGCAGCGCGAGAGUACCUGCUACUUUCCACUAUGCGCGGUGCGGUGAAGCAAACCCACCGCUCUUGACGCCCCUACUGUAUAUCUGGUGCGGUUAUCUCUCGCUGUGUGCACUUGGCUACAGUUGUAGUUCUUAAUAAAGGUGUUUGAAUUCGUCUCUCGUAUAGGCUACCUAUUUUAAUGAAUGUAUGGGAUUGCCCCAACGUUUAUUUUCAAAUCAUUUACGUUUAAUGCAAGUCGUAUAGUUUCUUCAUGGCGUCUCAACAGCAGUCAAGAAUUCAGUCGUAUCUGGAGAAAAAUAAAAUUGGACCGCUGUUUGAGGAGAUGAUGACCAGUCUGAUAAGCGAGACCCCAGAUCACCCUAUUCCUUUUCUCAUCAAUCACCUGCAGACCAAGCAAGGCAGCCCCGGCAAGCUGCACAGGACACUGUCGGGCUCCGCCGCACUGUGGGCCCAGAGCUCUGCAGGAGAGAGUAAAGGACGCCGUGACUUCAGGAGUUAUGAGAAGCCCUGGCAGAUCCAUCCUAAGAAACCCAAGAAGUCUAAGAGUGAUCUGGCUGUGUCUAACAUCUCCCCUCCCUCACCAGAGUCCAAGUCCCUGCCGCGGUCCAUAGAGCACCCAUCGUGGGAGUGGAGGGAGAGCAAAGACUUUGAUGAGCUCAACCACAUCCUGCAGGAGAGCAAGAAGCUGGGCAAGGCUCUGGAGAACCUGUCACGCAGUAUCGCUGCUUCUGAUGAACUUGAUCAGAACCUUGGGGGGUAUAACUCAGUGCUGCGGCCCAGGGUUGUGGGGGAGUGGGUGGGCAGGGUGGAAGAGGAUCCAGACCCCCUGGCAGCAGAGAUGCUCCAGCCCCCAGUCCCAAGGAACAAGACUGAGGUGUGGGGGAGGGCCAAUAACAGCCCCGCCUUGAGUGUGAAGAUGGAGGGGAAGAGUAAAGGGUUGAAGCAGCAGCAGCAGCACCACAAGAAGCUCCUGGCGGCCAUGUUGUCCCAGGAUUCCUUUGACUCCGCCCAUAGCUCCGCCCCCUCACUCACCGAGGAGGAAAUAGGGGACGAGGAUGAUGCCAUGGAACUGUUGGAGGACCUAGAUGACCUGCGUAUGGAGGGGGUAACAGGGCUGGCCCUGUCAGGAAGUAAGUUCAGUCAGGGUCGUAGUUCCUACCUCCCAGAGCCCCAGGCCAAGGUCACACUCAACAUCUGCUCAAGGUGUGCAAGGCUGCAGGGGGACAGUCUGUCAGAUGCCAGUAGACCAGAAGAGGACCAGCACCAUGGACCCUCCCAGCAUGGAUCACCUCAACAUGGAUCGUCUCAUCCCCUGCUCCCAGAGCAUGCUGCUGUCAACAUGCCUGAUGGAAAUGGGCCUCGUGGACCCCCCCAUCACUUACAACCUGUGCCUGAUAUCUCCUGUUGUUUUCCCGGGGUGGACACAGCGCCAGUACGAGACCAGGAAUGCGAGAAUGUGUCUCAGGUCUCUUUCCCACGUCAGGCAGUCUGGGAGGCUGAUGUGAAGGUGGUUAAAGGAGUAGGAGGAGGGAGCUCGUCCAGGGAGCUGCUGGGACAGACGGGGGGACUGCUGCUAAGUGACUCCCUCUUCUCUAAAGAACUAGAAAACAUGGGCAAACACCUCGCUGAGGUGGAGAAGGACCUGGCCAAACUGGCGGAGCAGGGGAAACUAGCCCAGCGGAGCCCCAACAGCCCCCACAGUAGUCUGCUCCUCACCCCUCUGUUCCACACCUCCCUCCCAGGGGGAACCCUCCCCAACACUCUACCCUUACCAGGCCAGACCUCCAGACCCCCCUCAAGACCCCAGUCCCCCGUCCUCAGCGCCCGCUCAGCCAAGCCCAGCUCCAUAGGCUACCCCCUGGUCAGCCCCAAACUUAGCCCUCUGCUCACCCGGAAACCAACCUCCCUCACCAUGACGACUGGUCACAGAACUCAUUCUCCCAGCAACCCCGGCAGCAGAACUACAACUCCUAGAACCCCCAGCAGCAGGCCCAUGACCCCCAACAGCCUGCUGACCUCCAGGUCGGCCAUGACCCCAGGGGUUGGAGGUCACGGGGGUCAUAAGGAGGUGACGUUCAGGAGGUCGAGGAGCAGACCGGUGACCCCCACCAGUCAGCCGACCCGACCCAGGCCCCUGCUCACCCCUCCUGGGCUGAGUACGACAGAUAGUCUGGGCAAGGCCUCCAGCCUCAGGGCCUAUCUGUCAGAGAGAGAGCGAGAGAGAGAAAGGAGAUGGAAUGAGGGAGGAGAUGGAACGAGAGAGCAAGAGCGACAGAUGGAGAUGGAACAAGAGAGAAAGAGAGCGAGGAGAUGGAACGAGAGAGCGAUAGAUAGACUUUCUCUGUUUUCAACCGUCAAGACGUUUAGAAAUACAAAAAACAAAAUAAAAUAAAUGAGUGGUUUAAAAAUGACAGAAUCUAAAGGCUCAGACACACCAAUAGUUUGCCAGCCGAGAGUACUUAGGCACCUCUGAACAGAGUGCCGGCAGUAAUUUGCAAACCGAGUGCGCACCGGUUCUCCAUGUAGAAUCGACUUAAAUGUCGUCAGUCAGACCUCUACAAUGGGUGGUCCAUAAAACACAGCGUGCUGAACGAUCGGCAGACGAACUCUAGAGCCACAUUCUGUGCGAUGUGUGCAAGCCUUAAAGUUGCUUACAGACUUCUAACAGCUGUAUCAGAUAUAUAUUUUCCAGAAGAACAUGUUUUUUUUUAUGGUUCACUCUAAACCUUGGCCCAGUUCAUGUUGUUUGCCUACGUUUGUAAAUGUAUAGCUAUGUAUGCAGCUUUUCAUCUUGACGAUUCAAUUAUUUAUCUCUCUAAUUCCAAACAAGUUGUAUGUAUAGUAUACAUUGUUGUUAGGCUAUUACGGCCAGAGCUCAUCACUAUAUGGAUCUCAUCACACUUUCUUAAACUUAAAAACAACCUCUCAAAAUGAUUUGUAGGUUUUGUUAAUACUCAAAUAGACACCUGUUGUUUACCUACAACAUGAGUCAACCCUGUAAUGUCUCCUCCCAUCUCCUCUCCUCCCAUCCCAUCUCCUCUCCUAUAGGAUGAGUUCUACCAGCAGCUGCAGGCCAUCAGACAGCCAUGGCACAUUCCCAGUGACACAGAGAGUGACCUUCUGGAACCACCUGAGCAGGACAAGUAAGGAGAGUGCAUAUCCACACAUAGCCAACUUCUUCAGUGUGGCUGGAUUAUACAACUACAGUGUGGGGUACGAGAUGCCAAUAAGAGAUCCGUGUUCUCAGGCCUAUAGUGAUGAAGACCAGAGAGAGAGACAUUGAUCCAAUCAAAUAAUUAUGCAAACCACUGGGUAUUUUCAAUAUUGUGUACAGAGACCAUUAUUUUUUAUAAUUCACUCAGUGAGGAAUAUAAAAAAAGAUUGUAUACUUUUUCCACAGAGGUUGAUAUUUCUGAGACCAUGUAGCACCAAGAUGUGUGAACUAUUGUCAAAAAUAGGACAACUUUAGAGUAUGAAGUAUGAAAUAUAACUGAAUAUUUCUUUGUGCUUGCUAUUUUAGCAUGCUUACGUCUUUAAAGGAGUUGAAAGAAAAAAAUGCAUUUUGUUGUUAAAACAUUUUUUUCUUGAAGCUAGAAGCAUACUUUGAAACAGUAGCACAUGUACUGUACUGUAUAGAGCCAAUCUCUGGAUAGGUACUUAAGGGCUGGUUUUUAAAGUGGAAUGGCUUUCAAGGGAAUAAAAUAAUGGAGCAGAUAUUCACCUUGAAUUGAAUAUUAUUUUCCUCCACACUAUAUUAUGUAGCCUGAUCCCAGAUCUGUUUUUAUUUUAAACCUAAAGCUCCAUUGUUUUAAAAAACAGUAGCUGGUAUGCAGGCUUUCGUACAGAUACUCACCUUAAUUUGAAAAGGAUAUCCUUCCUUCUUUUGCACCAAAUUUAGUUCAUUCUAAAUUCUGUUCAUUCUAAAUUCUGUUAAUAACUUGAAGAGUGUUUCUUCAUCACACCAUGGGGUCUGUUCAGGAGACUGCGACAUAAGAACUUGCCCCUGGUAAGGGAAGUCUGGAAUCCCGAUUCCUCCUUCCAGGAUUUCUUGGGAAAACCUAUACAUUUUGGGAAAGGUAACAAUCCUGGUCUACACUGUUAUGUUGAUCUACGACUGUUCCUUUUGUAGCUAUGAGUUUUGUUAUACUUCUGUUGACAUGCAAAUACUUACAAAAUGGAUAAAAGAUUGUUUCUUUUUUAUGUACUGACUGAACCAUUGAAUAAAAACCUGGAAGUGA